AUGUCAAAUUUUGGAAAAGAUAUUUAUAAAACACUAAAGAAAAAUAUUUCAUCAUCAUCAUCUAACCCAUAUUUACAAAAUUAUAACAAUUCAAAAAAAGACAUUGAAGGAAAAAAAACGUGGAUUCACCCACCAGCUGCUCUUCAAAAUGGUAGAAUAGAAUAUUCAUUAAAAUUACUUGGUCAGACUGAAGUUAAAGAACCAAGGGGUGUUAGUGUUACGAGACAAGCUAUACAUGCUAUAAGAUUUAAUCUUCAAGUUAAUCAAGGAAUUAAUGGUCAUUCAGGAUCAAAAUUACGUAAAGUUGAUAUGCAAAUAUCUGUAACAGGUGUCACAAUUAUGGAUAGUAAAACAAAAUUAAUUAUUGGUAAUUAUCCUCUUCAUAGAAUAUCAUUUGUAGCUGAUGAUAAAGAAGAUAAGAGAAUAUUUGCUUUUAUUGCAAAAACAGAUGAAAAUAAACAUGAAUGUCUUGUUUUUCUGAGUGAUAAACAAGCAGAAAAGAUAACAUUAACUAUUGGAGAAGCAUUUGAUUUAGCGUAUCAGAAAUUUAUUGAAACUAAUGGUAAAGAUCUUGAAAAUCAAAAACAAUUAUUAUUAAUGAGAAAAAGAAUUCAACAGCUAGAGGAAGAAAAUAGAUCUCUAAAAGAGGAAUUAUUUAAAGUGUAUAGACAAAAUUCAGCACCUCCACUUCCGGUUACUCCGGUUCCUACCUCUGAUUUGGCUAAUUUAUCAUUAUCAACUAAAAAUAAUCUAUGUCAUGACAACAAUUUUGAUUCAAAAGUUGAAAAUGAAGAAAACAGUAUUAUUAAUAAAAAUUCUUUAACUGAUCCAUUUGUUAAUGAUAAUUUUUUUACAUCAAAACAAUCGUCAUCUAAAAACUCUGAACAUAUUACAACAAUGGAGGAAUUUGAUGCUAUGCUCUCAAAAGUAGAUGAACGUUUGUAUGAAAUGAAACAGGCUUAUUUAAAACAGGGUCCAGUACAUCUUGAAACUGGAGAUGUAGGUGGUGCUGAAAAAGACAUUCCUGAAAACAAUGAUAAUUUAGAUAAUUAA